AUGGUGCGUUUGUUCACUAAAUCUGCCUUCCUCCAUGCGUUGGGGGCUUCGACCCUCCUAUCUAUGGCCCAGCAAGUCAACCAGGCACUCGGCCACACCUCCACGAGACGAUACACCCUCGAGGACAUUGUUCCCAUGCUUAAUGCAGACUCGGGGCAGUCCAAAUGCUGUCCCAUCGGCACCCAGUUUGAUGGCACGGCCUGUGUGACCGAGGUUCCGGAAUGUCCAAACGGCAUGACUCUCCGAGGCAACACUUGCGUGGCUACCGUGUCACCCUCCUGUCCAGAGGGAUCCGUCUUCAAUGACAAGAUCUGCCUCUCAUCAACACCUCCCUCCUGUCGCCCAGGCUCUAUCCUCAAGGGCAAGGUGUGUGUGAGCAGCCGAGCUCCGAUUUGUCCUGAAGACUUGGUCUUCCACGACGGAGUGUGCCUCUCGCCAAGUCGCCCCUCCUGUCAAUCCGAAACCUACGUCGACGGAAAUAGCUGUGUCAGUUUGUCAAAGCCAUCGUGCCAUGAAGACAGUUACUUUCUCAAUGGCGCCUGUGUCGUCACGGAUGUGCCACUCUGUCCGGACGGGACUCAGUUUGACCCAUCAUCCUCAGCCUGCAUCUCGCACGCCACUCCAUCAUGUCCGAAAGACACCGUACUUGUUGGUAAAACAUGCGAGUCUCCUCCGUCCUGCCCGGUGUCCUUCACCUGGAAUGGGCAUCGUUGCCAGUCAUCAGACCUGCCAACAUGCGCACCAGGCAAUCAUCUUGUCAAGGGCAAAUGCGUGACAAUCAAGAAGCCUUUCUGUCCUCCUGGUCAAACUCUGUCCAUCGACACCAUACUCGGAUCAUCUCGGUGCUGUAUCGACGGAAUGCAGUGGGAUGGACACAUGUGUGUGUUCAAACCUCGUGGCUCGCAAGCAUGCCCCCCAGAGACCAGUCUGGUGGCUGGACGCUGCCAAAUGAGUUCGUCCCAAAAGCCGACUUGCCCGGAUGGUACGAAGUUGAACGGCGGCUAUUGUAUUCAGCGAGACUCCCCGACUUGCCCUUCUGGCACCAUCUUAGAAGAUGGUGUUUGCACGUCCAACGAGCCUCCCUCUUGUCCUGUUGAUACCAUCAUGAAUGGGAACCGCUGUAUUGCGGUGACUCCACCAUCCUGUUCCCACGGUACCACCUUGGACGGGGAUAUGUGUACCGCCAUAACACAUCCACUUUGUCCACCUGGAGCAAUCUUCGAUGGCAAAGUCUGCCUAGCACCGGACCAACCGACAUGCGAGAAAGGGGCAAUGUUCGACGGCGAUAAGUGCGUCUUCCCUGAGCGUCCCUCAUGCCCGCAUGGGACUGUCUUGAAUGGCAGCUUAUGUAUCGCAAUGGAAGACCCAACCUGCAGCCCAGGGAGCCACUUCGACGGCACUGGCGCAUGUAUUACUCCCGAGCGCCCAACAUGCCCUCAUGGAACUGCAUUCAACGGAGUCGGAUGCGUCACCAGUGACAUUGCCAAUUGUCCUCACGGCACCUCCUUCAACGGCAAAGGCUGUAUCUCUCACCAGCCUCCUGCCUGCGCGCCAGGAUAUAGAUACAACGGAGUUCAAUGUAUUGGCAAAGACGCCAUCAUUUGCCCCGCAGGUCUGGUGGUUCAGAACGACAAAUGCGUGCACGUCAACCGACCCGAGUGUCCAGCCGGAAGCUCCUUCAACGGAAAGAGCUGUGUUGGAGACGAGCCUUCGUGCCCGGCCGGCACAGAAUUCGACGGUGACUCUUGCUCUGCCGUCGAGGCACCGUCCUGCCCCGCUGGAACCGUGUACGACGGCAGACGCUGUGUCGCAGAGCAACCUCCCACCUGCCCCCAAGGCUCGACCUUUGACCCAGUGGAAAAGACCUGCAAGUUGACGACGGAUCCAGAUUGUCCCUCAGGAACGGUCUUUGACGGCAUCAGUUGUGUUUUUGAUUUGACGGAUGGAUGUAUGGAGUUUCAGUGGUGCAAGGCCUUGCAUGCGCCGCUGGUUUCUACCACUGCUGCCGCUUCCCCUCCCGCCCCUACCAAAGUUAUCGUGAGCGCCUCUACCAGCAUCACCGUCCCGAUAACCGGAGGGGGCAAGGCCAGUGUUUCUGCUAGUGCCUCUACCACUGCCGACGCCAACGGUGAUUCCAGUAUCAGUGGACCCACCACCCCUUGUGUAGGGUGCUGA